ACCCAAAUACUGAUCGAGAUGACUUCUACCCCUUCUUAUCACAUCAAUACAUCAGACGCCACUGGAAGGAACGUCUCUUUGAAUGAGGACGAGUAUGCUGAGCUGAGAAAGGGUCUACACAUCAUGUCUCUCAUCGUUUACUGCUUGGCCUUUGUUCUUGGUGUGCUCGGCAACGGUGUGGUUAUCUGGGUGACCGGCUUCAAGAUGAAGAAAACAGUGAACACGGUUUGGUUCCUCAACCUCGCUGUUGCCGACUUCCUCUUCACAGCGUUUCUGCCCCUGAGUGUCACCUACACUGCUUUGGAUUUCCACUGGCCUUUUGGCAAAUUCAUGUGCAAACUGAACACCACUAUAAGCUUUCUGAACCUGUAUGCCAGUGUCUACAUUCUGGUGGUGAUCAGUGUGGACAGAUGUGUGUCUGUGGUGUGGCCCGUCUGGGCCCAGAACCACCGAAGUAUACGCAAGGCAUCCUUUGUGAGUCUGGGGGUUUGGGUACUGGCUCUGAUACUCAGCACUCCAUACCUCAUCUUCAGGGACACUGUUCCAUCUUUUCACAAUGCAGAUGUCAUCAUCUGCUUCAACAACUAUGCUCUUUCUAACGAGCUGGGACUGUUUCGGCAAAAGGCCAUGGGCAUCACCCGCUUCCUCCUGGGAUUUGUUGUCCCCUUCACUGUCAUUGUCUCCUGUUAUGCUGUCAUAAUCCAUCACAUCGGAAGAAACCGCACCCUGGCCAGCCACUCAAGUCGCUCCUUUAAGAUCAUUGCUGCUGUUAUCACUGCUUUCUUCCUGUGUUGGGCUCCCUUUCACAUUGUGGUUUUAAUAGAGUUAGCACAUUUUUCUGAUUCAAGUAAUAGAUUAUCUCAUGUCACCACCAUCGCAAUCCCUAUAGCAACCAGCCUGGCCUUUCUCAACAGUUGCCUGAAUCCACUGCUCUAUGUGUUCAUGGGACAAGAUUUCAAGGAUAAAGUCCGCAAAUCCAUCUUGAAUGUUUUGGAGACUGCCUUCAAGGAAGAGGUUUCUGGCCGUAACACUAGAACAAAGUCAGUGGACACCAGUCAGAGUAGAGAGAUGUCGUCCCGUAAUACUCAAGUAUAAAGUUUCCCAUGACAUGGAGGAGAAAAAUCUAAAACUGUGGUUAAAACAAUUGAUGUAUCAACGUUUUUAUCCAACACUGAAGCACUUCCGCUUUAUAUGGAUUGAUUUGUGUAAUUUGACAGGUUGGUUCACUGAUCAGGUAUCAGGUUGAUAACUUGUUGAGUCACAAAAGAACCUAGGAGUUGUUGAAAUUGGCAUUACGUUAUGACGAUUACUUAGUUGUAACAAAAGGUUUAGUAUGACAACUCAAACUUUCAGUUUUUUAUCAUAUGUCAGAUAUAUAUACAUUUUGAUUACUAUUUCUAUUACUAUUUUAGAAUUCAUAUAAUGUCGAUAUAUCUAUUUUAUUUGACUAAUUUGGCCUGUAUAAAGAAAUAUCUAACUGUUGGAUUGAUAAACAUAUUGGAUUACGGCAAUUACAGGCUAUUGUAAUUUAAUAAAACAAAUGUGGUUUAACUGUCUGGUGAGGUGUGUUGCUAACAUUCUUGCAGCUAAUGUUGUAUUCGGAGGAAAAGAGUGGACAUGAGCCAUCUUUAGCCAUCUUUGGCAUAUUUAUUUUACGAGCUGCUGCUGACACAUCAGUCUCACAGUCAGACAUGCUUCACUUCUUUCUUAUAAAAAACGGCAAAACAUUUGGGACAAACAAAACAGUAAUGCAAAUGCGUCCUCUUUAGCCUGCACCUUAGUGCCCCCUUGUGGCUCAUGCACAAUACAGAACAGUACUGCAUUACAUUAUUACUACAACUGAGGACAUAAUGAACAUAUUUUUACACCCCCACUUGUACUCAGAUUGCUAUUCUCCUAGGGAAAAUGAAAACAACAAAAACAGAAUGUGGAAUUCUUGUCAUACACAUAUCAAUCAAUCGUUCUGACUAAGACUCACACAGUAUCCUGUGGUACUGCGUCUAUCCCUGGUAUCAGCCGCCCAGUCUGCGUCACUGUAGGCCUGUUUACCUAGUUUCUCACUGUUGUUUCUCCUAAAACUUAACCCUUUUCCUGCUGUGCCUUUGAGAUACCUAAGUACAUGCUUCACAGUGACCCACUGUUCCUCUGUAGGCUCAGCAAAGAAAUGUGACAACCUGCUCACAACGAAGCUUAAAUCUUGUCUGGUGCAAACAGUCAGCCUCUCUGUACAUCCUGACAUCUUCCGUCUUUACUGCACCCUCAGUAUACUCUAGCUUUUGCUCACAGGGUGUUUCUCUUGGUCUACAGUCUUGCAUAUUAAAACGCUGUAGUAUCUUGUUAGUGUACUUUUCCUGUGACAUUUUUACACUCAUCUGACUAAAAUCGAUACUCAGAAAAUGUUUUAGUUUGCCAAGAUCUUUCAUUUUAAAUUUUCUGCAUGCAUCUCUUUCACAUUUGUCAGUCUUCAUCGCUCGCUGCAAUGAUCAGAUCAUCGACCCAUAUUAUUAUGAUCACCUUUCCUUCUUUUGACUCUUUGGCAUAAACACAGUGGUCGGCUGGGUUUUGUGAAAAAUUUAAGCAAUCAUGUAAAACCUUAUUCCAAUUUCGCCCAGAUUGUUUUAGACCAUAAAGCGAUUUUUCUAGCUUAUAGACUAUACCCUCUUUCUCUUGAUAGCCCUCUGGUGGAUUUAUGUACAUCUCAUAGUCUAUGUGGGCGUGUAAAUACGCUGUUUUCACGUCCAUUUGGUGUAAGAGUAAAUUCUCCUGUGCUGUUUUCUGUAGCACAACCCUCACACUCGUCAAGU